AUGGGAGGCGGAAAUGGCGCAAAAUCCAAGCGUGAUCGUGAGAAGAAAGCCGCAAAAGAAGGUAGCGGAGUAGCCAAAUCACAACUAAAAGUCAACGAGCAAGCGAAGGAUAUCCAGUGUGUUACUUGCAAGAACUUCUCGAACACGCACAAAACAAGCACAGCAAAACAAUGGAAGACUGUUUUCCAAAUUUCGGAAAAUAGACUCGGAACCGAGGGCUUGACGAAUGAAUGGAGACACGACACGGAUGCCGGAUGGUGGCAAAUCGUUGCACUGAAGGGAGUAAAUGGGACAAAGCGAUGA